CGUGCGUCGCUGCGUGCGUGCGUGCGUGCCGUGCGCUCGCCGGGCACCGCGGCCUCGCCCUCGCCCUCCGCCCCUGCGCCUGCACCGCGUAGGCCGCCCCCCCCCCCCGCGCGCGCGCACCCCGUAGACGACCCCCGCCCGCAUCCCGGCCGGCCCCCUCUUUCCAAAUUUAAAGGGGGCGCAGCAUUAAGGCCUCCCGCCUCAGGUGACCUCUUAGGGGUCUCCCCGCCAGAGGUGCCCCGCCGCUGAGGAACAUGGCGAAGGUGGAGCAGGUCCUGAGCCUCGAGCCGCAGCACGAGCUCAAAUUCCGAGGUCCCUUCACCGAUGUCGUCACCACCAACCUGAAGCUUGGCAACCCAACAGACCGAAACGUGUGUUUUAAAGUGAAGACCACGGCACCACGUAGGUACUGUGUGAGACCCAACAGUGGGAUCAUCGAUGCAGGGGCCUCGAUUAAUGUAUCUGUGAUGUUACAGCCUUUCGAUUAUGAUCCCAAUGAGAAAAGUAAACACAAGUUUAUGGUUCAGUCUAUGUUUGCUCCAACUGACACUUCUGAUAUGGAAGCAGUAUGGAAGGAGGCAAAACCGGAAGACCUUAUGGAUUCAAAACUUAGAUGUGUGUUUGAAUUGCCAGCAGAAAAUGAUAAACCACAUGAUGUAGAAAUAAAUAAAAUCAUACCCACAACCGCAUCCAAGACAGAAACCCCAACGGUGUCUAAAGCUCUGAGCUCCUCUUUGGAUGACACUGAGGUUAAGAAGGUCAUGGAGGAGUGUAAGAGGCUGCAAGGUGAAGUUCAGAGGCUGCGGGAGGAGAACAAGCAAUUCAAGGAAGAAGACGGACUUCGCAUGAGGAAGACGGUGCAGAGCCACAGCCCCGUCCCCGCGUCAGCCACGGCUGGGAAGGAGGAGGGCCUCAGCGCCCGGCUCCUUGCUCUCGUGGUUUUGUUCUUCAUUGUCGGUGUGAUCAUAGGGAAGAUCGCCUUGUAGACGCGGCAGGCGGAGGGUGGCACACUGCGUUGACGGGCCCGCCAUUCUGUGGGGUUUGAAUUUAUCAUAACCAUGUGUCAAAAGAAGUUAAUGUAUGAUGACAUCUCACAGGUCUUGCCUUUAAAUUACCCCCUCCCCACGCGUGCGCACGCGUGCGCACACACACACACGCGCACACACACACACACACACACAAAUUAUAAAGUAACAAUCUUUUAGAAAGUUAAAAAUGUAUAGUAAGUGAUCGGGGGAACAUAAUGAUCUUUGUGAAUGACAAGGGAAACCGUGAUUAAACCAUGAUGGCAUGUUGGAAGUGUCAUUUUAAACAUUUGUAGCCUUGGUACGUGUGGCUGGACUGAUUACCUCUCUUAGAACGAGACAGUCUUCCUGCCGGCUGGUGCUGGCCCUCAGGGGAGCCGGAGCCCGGUGCGGUGGGGGUGGGGAGGGCCGUCCCCUCCCCAGAGCAACCCCCCACCCGCCCCCUCGCUCCCCGGGCUGCUUCUCCACGUUCUGCCCUGGCCGUCGGUUCCCUGGGACUGACGAACAGGGUCAGAAGCCAGAAGAAUUGUGCUGUGGCAGCGUCAGAUCUGCCCGUCGGGAGCGGGAGGCGGACGGUGACCGACUGACCCACCACUUUGGAAAUUAAAGUCAAUGCUUUGUUCUCUGAAAGGGACCAAGCUGAAUUACUGUUGGUUCAUGUAGCGAGAUGGAAUUGUUCUUCAGAGAUGUGUAACGCAUAUUUAACUUAUUUAAUGUAUUUCCUCUCAUGUUUCCUUAUUGCCACGAGAUCAUGAUUAAUGCUGUGGCCUCCAAAUCACCUGUGCUGCCGGAGGGCUGCGGGCCCCUCCCCCCCCGAGGCUCUGGGCUCUGCGCGUCGAUGCAGGUGGGGGUGCUGUGAACGUUGGGGAACAGCUGCCACGAAGCGUUUCUCUGUGUAGACGAACAACAGCCGUCACCGAGAGGGAAUUUUUCUUAGUAUCAGCGGUCAACUCUGUCACCCUUUCUGAUGGAGAAGAGUAGCCGACGUUCUUUCUUGUUCCUUCGUUGUCCCUCAGCCACCACUUACACUUCCAGCACGUGCGCCCCGAGUCUGGUCCUGACCUUUCCCGUGUGGCCCUGGCCCGAAAUGGGGCGGCAGGGUGGUGGCGGAGAGGGAGCCAGCUGGGUGGGGGCCGGGAGAGGGGCCACAGGCUCUUCAGAUAGUCGUCAAGUAGUUAUUGAGAGUUUGACUGUAAAUUAAUUUUAUGCCAUAAAAGACCAAUCCAAUUCUGUUCGACUAUGUAGCAUCUUAAAAAGAAAAAAAAUUAAAAUAAAGCCCCAGAAUUAAAGAGUUCUUUUGUCAUUUUGUCACCUUUGCUGUAGAGGGGAAAUUAUUAUUUUUAUGAUCCUCGUUAUUAUUUUGUUAUUGGAAGGUUGGCUUUAAAAUGAGCCCUAUCAAUGAAAAUACAUGUUUAAUGAUUUAAAUAUAGAUACAGCUAUAUACGUG